ACGGCUCUCUCUCUCAAAUUCAACACCAGAGCGCGUCUCUUCUUCCUCUCCACACUAAAUCAAAGAUCCAAACACACUUUUUCAAGGCAGAAAAUGGCAACCAAUAUCGGGAUGAUGGAUUCAGCAUACUUCGUCGGAAGAUCGGAGAUUCUCUCAUGGAUCAAUUCCACUCUCCGUCUCAAUCUCUCCAAAGUCGAAGAGGCUUGCACCGGCGCCGUCCAUUGCCAGCUGAUGGAUGCGGUUCAUCCGGGGAUGGUUCCGAUGCACAAAGUCAAUUUCGACGCUAAGAGUGAGUACGAGUCCAUCCAGAACUACAAGGUCCUUCAAGAUGUUUUCAACAAACUUAAGAUCACUAAGCAUAUCGAGGUGAACAAAUUGAUCAAAGGAAGGCCUCUGGACAAUUUGGAAUUUAUGCAGUGGAUGAAGCGAUACUGUGAUUGUGCUAAUGGAGGUCAGAUGAACAGUUACAAUCCCUUGGAAAGAAGAGAGGCAUGCAAGGGUGGGAAAGAGCUGAGCAAGAAAUCUGUAGCAACACAACCUUCAACCAAAUGUUCAGCCUCUGUACCCAAACAAGCCACUCAUAAUGGUAGAAGGACAGAUGCUGCUCAUGCAAAUGCAGCAAAUCAAUCCAUUAAGGCAGUUAGACCUUCUCCAGGUGUUGGACAAUCUGGCUGCUCCGAAGCAGAACGCACAAUGUUCGAGCAACAGAUUACAGAGCUGAAACUAUCAAUAGAUAGAGUAGAGAAAGAGAGAGACUUCUACUUUGCCAAACUGAGAGACAUUGAGAUCUUAUGCCAGACCCCUGAUAUUGAAAAACUACCUGUGGUGGGAGCGAUGAAAAGGAUCUUGUAUGCUGCAGAAGAUGAUGCAUCGGUUGUUGCCGAAGCUCAAGCUAUGUUAUCAGAGCAGCAGCAGGAAGUGGAGGAGGAGGGAAAGCAGAAGAGUGAUUCUCAGAAGAGGAAAAGCAUUAUCAAUGUUGAUGUUGAAGCUGCUGCUAGCAACACAUUGUCUCCGAGGCAACGGUUGUCUGAAGUGUCUGAUGUCCACUGCAGUGGAUCUCCUCUGGUUACAUACUGAUCAUCUCUGUUAUUAUGCAUCUACUAUAAUAUUGCCGGUUCAAUAGAUUAUUGGCCUGCAGCAAACCUUGUUGUUUGUUAGAUCAAUAUAACAGAAAAAUACCAUGUUUUGGAUAUUGUGCUUAUUUUGGCAGCCUGCUGUAAUUCAUGUGUGCUACUUGUGUUCUGCAAAUAAGAUCAUGUUAUUCAUGGUCGACUUCAUUCUCUCUGUUUUGAGUAUUA